CGUCGUAUCCGUAAUCGUCGCAGGGAUGACGAGCAUUUCGAUGCUGCCCAAUUUCGUAACUCUGCUGUCCUUCUAGACGACGAGUUCGGCACCGAUAACUUUUCUGCUCGUCCUCCUACAAUGAUUGCUCGCCACAUGGCUAAUGCUCCUGCUGCUCCUCCUGUCACGUACGGUAACUAUCCUGGCGCUGAUCCCUACGCUGGUGGCGACCCUUUUACUACCGGUGAACAAUUCCACACCGGUGACCCAUAUAACCACUACAAUGCAUACCCAACCUAUACCCAAGAACCAGUCUACACUCUCAACCCUGGAGAGACAUUCGCCCGCAACCCCAUUGCUCCUAACGGUAGCGCAGAAAUGGACCCUACUUCUGCCCACAACUCGUACCUCAAUAGGCAACCUACUCUCCGCGGACCAGAUACCCAAUUCGCAGGUGCUCCCCAGCAACAUUACCUCGACAUGAAUCGAGUCGGCAGUCCUCCCAAUAUGCCUGCUUCUGCCGAAUACAAUACCGGAAUGCCAUCGCCUACGUCUGCGACUCCUUUGUACAACCCGCACUCCUCUGCUGAGCAUAGCUCUGUAUUGCCGACGCCGACAACCGCGACUGUCUCGCAGAAACCGCAUGCUCCGGUUGAGUAUCCUUCUGUUGGCACCCCUGCCCCUGCUCCUCCAGCAUAUUACGGAGAUGCCCAGAAGAGGCCCGAAACUGUUUACGAUCCUGAAGAUGCUUAUGGUGGAAUGUAA